GCCGCCAGGGAGAAGGAUGUGGAGAGAUUCUUCAAGGGAUACGGCCGCAUCCGGGACAUUGACCUGAAGAGGGGGUUUGGGUUUGUGGAAUUUGAGGAUCCGAGGGAUGCAGAUGAUGCUGUCUAUGAAUUGGAUGGAAAAGAGCUUUGCAGUGAGAGGGUUACAAUUGAGCAUGCAAGAGCACGCUCUAGGGGUAGAGGCAGAGGGAGAUACUCUGACCGUUUUAGUAGCCGCCGUCCACGUAGUGACAGGAGAAAUGCCCCACCUGUAAGAACAGAAAACCGCCUCAUAGUAGAAAAUUUGUCUUCCCGAGUCAGCUGGCAGGUUUGUUGA